GGACACUUGUAACAUGAUCACAUUGCAACACUGUGAGUGGAAAGGAAAGUGUCAUCUUGCUGCCAGGUUUCCUAACAAUCAUGAGUGGUGGAUGUCCUUAUUUUGGAAAGAAAUAUCUAUUGUCUCUGGAUGAAUCUUUGAAUUCCAAUGAAGAAAAAGACAAAUCCCAGGAAGGGAUUAAUAAAGCCAGCAAGGGUGGUAUACUCUAUGGGGAUUAUCUACAACUGGACAAGAUUGUAAAUGCCCAAGAACUUCAGAGUGAGCUGAAGGGGAACAAGAUACACGAUGAGCACCUUUUCAUUGUAACCCAUCAAGCUUAUGAACUUUGGUUUAAGCAGAUCCUUUGGGAGCUGGAUUCUGUAAGAGACAUAUUCAUAAAUGACCAUGUUCGAGAUGAACGGAAUAUGCUUAAGGUUGUGACCCGAAUUAACAGAAUUGCAAUUAUUCUGAAACUACUAGUGGACCAGUUUACUGUUCUGGAGACAAUGACAUCCUUAGACUUCUAUGACUUUAGGGAUUAUUUGACUCCAGCAUCUGGGUUCCAGAGUCUUCAAUUUCGUAUGUUGGAGAAUAAGAUUGGAGUUCCGGACAGUUUGAGAGUUCCAUAUAACAGAAGUCACUACAGGGACAAUUUUAAAGGAAAGGAGAGUGAAGUUCUGCUAAAGUCAGAACAGGAACCAACACUGCUUCAGCUGGUUGAGAAAUGGCUUGAAAGAACUCCUGGACUUGAAGAAGAAGGGUUUAACUUUUGGGGAAAACUGCAACUAAAUAUCGAAGAGGGACUAAAGCAGGAAAUUGAAAAAACUCAGGACAAACCAGACUCUGAGAUGAAGGAGGACUCGAUGGCUGAACUCAUAAAGCAGAAGGAGGUUUUCACAUCAUUAUUUGACGAAAAGCGUCAUGAGCAUCUGCUGGGCAAAGGGGAUAGAAGAUUAUCGUACAAGGCCCUACAAGGAGCUCUGAUGAUCUACUUCUACAGAGAGGAGCCACGUUUCCAGGUCCCUUUCCAACUCCUGACCUCUCUCAUGGACAUUGACACUCUCAUGACAAAGUGGAGAUAUAACCAUGUUUGCAUGGUGCACAGAAUGAUAGGCAGUAAGGCUGGCACAGGAGGUUCAUCAGGCUACCAGUAUCUUCGUUCCACUGUGAGUGACCGUUACAAAGUUUUUGUGGAUUUAUUCAACCUUGCAACAUUCUUGAUACCUCGGCACUGGGUACCCAAACUGAACCCCAGUGUCCACAAGUUCCUCUACACUGCAGAAUGUUGCGACAGUUCCUAUUUCAGCAGUGAAGACUCGGAUUAGAGCACACUACUCUUCUAAAGUGAUCUUCUGUACACAGUAGCUCGAGCAUUCAUGCUUUUUCAUUGUUGCAUCUUUGUACAGCCAAUACAAUGCAUCCAAAAACUAUUUAUGCAUAUAUAUAUAUAUACAGUAUAUAUAUAUAUAUUUAAGGUGUAUUUUUUAUAUGUUUUUUAUCUAUCUGAAUUGUACAUUUGAAUUUACUAUUCCAAUAAAAAUACCUCCUAUGAUGGGUGUGUGUGUGUGUGUGUGUAUCUAUAUCUAUCUAUCUAUCUAUAUAUAUGUAUAUAUAUAUAAGGUGACAUACACAUAAUUUUGAAUGUUUUCAGUUCUCAUGUAUAUGUAUAAAAAACACUAAUUGUGUGUUCUAUGAUGUGUACUUCUUGUAUCUUAGCUAGUACAGUAUUUCUUUAACCAAAAUGUAAAUUGGAAUAUAUAUUGUACUGUUAUCUUAUGCAAAAUGAUUAAAUAAAAAGCUUUAGAAAUGCAAA